UUGCGGCGUCCCGGAAUAUGCUAUGGUUCAGAUAUCGUGGGGCUGUAGGGUCGGUUGUGAGGGCGCCAUUCAGUGCGCAGGCGGCUAGCUUGUUUGUUUUUCUCUUUUAUUGUUGUGGCUGCCGCGCGCCAUGGCUCCGGGUGCUUGGGGGCCGUUUCGGCACCUAGUUGCAUUGCAUCUAAGCAUAAUUGUGAAAAUGGGCGGUUUCGUCUUCUGCGCCGAGACUAAAGGGCGGAUAAAUGACUUUGUUGCUCGAAUGGCGGUAAGGAUGGUGGUGGAGGUCCUGCAUGUACGUCUGCACUCCGUAUCUAUGGGAGGUAAGCGUUCUUCAGUGUGCUAUGCUUUUGGGUUCACUCAUGUUUUGUCCCUGCUUUGCUGUGUUUAUCCCAGUCGAUUUCACAGUCACUCGUCUCUCGCAUCAAAGAAGCCGUCGGCGCCGUCUUCGAGUACAUUCGUUCACGUGUUCAGUUGUCCUCGUUCUCUCUGUUUGUGUUGAUGCUCCUUGGGCAGGGCGUUUGAUGACGCAUGAAC